AUGAGGCCGGGCUUGCCAGAGAUAGGCCUCAGGGUCGAGAGGCCCUUCGGUCUCCGGCUCGAUGUGACUCGAAUCGAUGGCAAAUUGGAUGUGAGACUCCGCGCUGUGGGACGCCGCGUUGGCGUCCACAGAGCGGGCAAUCAGCCCCAGGAAGAGCCCCGAGACCCAACGGAGCUUCAUUAUCAACAGAAGCAUGAAAUAAAGAUAGAGCUGUCUGGAGGGAGGCAGCGCCGGUGGGCCGGCCAGGGUAGAAACACCAGGCGGGGGUCUCAGCGUGGCCACCCCCAGCACCACACGAACAACGCUCGCACAGGCCAGGACAUGAUGCAGAAGAUUUUGAAUCCCUUCAGCAGAGAUCGUGACGUAGGUGGUUUAGCUGAAGUGGUUCCAUCGGUCCCAUUGUUGGGCGCUGACGAUGUCCUCCGCCAGCCAUCCAAGAUUGCGAUCUGCGCAGCGUCUUUGCGCAGGGCCCACUGGGAUCCCCUAGGAACCAACCAGCCCAAAGGCAUUAUUAUCUCCCCGAUCAUGGUUCACAUUGCAGACCCGCGGUUUUAG